AUGUUGAGGACUUGUGAACUGACAGUGACUUCAGUGCGAGGUUCAGUCCUGGGUUCAGUCACCCGACCAGCUUCAAGGCUUCCCCGAAGCUUUGAAAUUGUGACCAAAGUGAUUGAUGGAGUGGAUUUGCUGCGCCUUGACGGUGGGGUGAUCAACAGAGAAAAAAACCCAACCCAAGCAAUUUCGAAGAAGCUUCAGCGUCAAUUCCGAGACGACGAGGAGUUCUUCUGCGACAUCAACGGGCCGGGAAAGCGAAGUGACACAGUUCCAGAGUCCGUUCAUCGCCUUCGGCCGGGCGAUAUUGACAUCAUCGGUGCCAUUGGGGACUCCCUGACGGCUGGAAAUGGUGCAAUGGCCACAAAUCUCCUUCACAUCGUCAUGGAGAACAAGGGUGUGGUGACGCCCAUCGGCGGACAGGGCACUUGGCGGCAAUAUCUCACUAUUCCCAACAUCCUCAAGUUGUACAAUCCCAAAUUAUAUGGUUAUUCACUCUCCGACUCAGUCAGCAUGCAGCCCGAAUCAAGAUUCAAUGUUGCUGAAAUGGGAGCGAUGUCGCGUGAUACGGCACAUCAGGCGCGAAAUCUUAUCAAAAGGAUGCAAUCAAAUUCAAAUGUCGACAUGGAGAAGCACUGGAAGAUUGUCUUCUUCCUCAUUGGGGCGAAUGACUUCUGCAUGGACAUGUGCUUCGUGAAGAAUCCCAGUGGAAUUGUGGAGAUGCACGAUCGUGAGCUGACGGAAACACUGCGAAUAUUGCGUGAUAAUCUCCCGCGAACGAUGGUCAACGUGAUAGCGAGUCCUUCGAUGAAAGUGUUAAUGAGAUUCCGCGGGAAAUCACCAGAAUGCGAAACUGCUCAUCGACUUGAGUGUCCUUGUCUCUAUUCACUGCAGCGCCAGCGUUUCCUCAAGUCCUACCUCAAAAUCAUGGACGCGUGGAAGAGGAGACAAAAGGAAGUCAUCAACCGCGAAGAGUUCCACAACAAGACGGACUUCACCGUGAAUCUGCAGCCCUUCACGGAUAAACUCUGGAUCCCCAGUGAUAAGGAUAACAACACGGAUUUCAGCUACAUGUCCACGGAUUGCUUCCACUUCAGCCAGAAAGGAUACGCCAGGGCGACAAAUGCACUGUGGAACAAUCUCCUUGAGCCAUUCAGCAACAAAACGCAGUUCUGGAAGACAGAAUUUGAGGAUUUCAAGUGUCCCACAGAAGAACGACCUUUCAUCGCCACAAAAAUGAAUAGUUAAUGGGCAUUCUUGAUUGGAGGGCAUCUUCAAUUAAUGUGUGGUGAUUUUGAACUACCAAAAUUGUAAAGCCAUGAGAUGAUCAAUGAUCCGAGCGCGCGCAAUGCACUUUUCCGCUGAGGGACGCCCUUGAUGGGACCAUUUAAACUCCUCGAAAAGGUGCCAAAGCCGGUAAAACACCAUCGAAUGGCUUUUAACACUCAUCGGUACCUUUUUUUUACAACCACGUGAUACUUAAUAGUUUUUUAUUGGCAUGAGAGUGUGGAAAAUGCGGAAGUUGUCUGCUCAAGAAGUCUCUUAACUCGCUAAGCACUAAAUCUAGAAAUGUCUUUUGUAAAUAAAAUCUAUGAAAAAA